CCUUGAUAGACCUCCAAUACAUACCUAGGUUACCUAGGUACCUAUGUACGUGGCCUCACAUCUUAUCUUAGAUCUAUCUGUCUUACAUGUGAGCGACGACAAACACCGACGACUAUAACUACCGAGCCAAUUUCUAUGUCACCAACCGGCCUAUAUUCCCACUAGCUGUCCCCAAUCCUUCUUCCCUCCCCCCAAACUUGGGGAUCUCGUCCGUCAUCAUGUACAACUCCCUAACCAGAAUACAAAAUGUAUUCGGCUUCUUCACCACCGUCGCAUUCGUCAUCGCCGCCCUAAUCGCCGCCUCCGACCUCACCGCUCCCCGGACGCCGAGCGCGACCAUAAAGCCGACCAACGUCCAAGUAGUCAAGGGCCGGCCGCACUACUACAGCACCAAGAAGGAAGAAUACGCCAUAAUCAAGUUCUCGCUAGACGCCGAUCUCUCGUCGCUUUUCACCUGGAACACCAAGCAGCUCUUCGUAUACGUAACAGCCGAAUGGCCCUCCGCCCACGGCACAAACCAGACCAACAAGGCCGUCAUCUGGGACUCCAUCAUCACGAGCCCGAGCGCCGACCACCUAAGCAACCUCGGCCCCGCAUCCCUUAAGAAGCUGCGCAAGAGCGCCGCCGGCAAGACCAUAGACCCAAGCCGCGGCAAACUCACCCUCAAGAACCAAAAGCCCAAAUACCAAAUAACCCACCCCACCGGGAAAAUCGCCUCCACCGACCACGUCACCCUGCGCGUGCACUACAACGUGCAGCCCUGGGUCGGCGUCCUGACCUGGAACCAGGACUCCGACUUCGCCUUGUGGAAGAAGAUGGCCGACGGGCUUAGCAACGCGUUCGCGUUGCCCGCGCUGAAGAAGAAGGACGGCGAGAAGCCGCGGUAGAAAAAGAAACCAAAAAAAGAAAAGAAAAAAUAAAUUUUUUUUACGCGAGGGGAGGUGAAAUAUAGCGGUUUCUUGUAGAAAAUUAAAAUCUAACCUACGCGUUAUGAAUCUUGACGUUGA